UGAAUAAAUAUGCAUCUCCAAGGGUGCGAUUAUCACACUCAAUUUACUCUACCCACCUUAUCUCCCUCCGACGCGUGAAAUGGCCCUCUCCGCCGCCCCCGCCGCCUCCUUCUACAGUCCCCACGACCACCCCGACUUCGCCGGCACACCAUGGGCCGCCGCCCUCCUCUCCUCCCCCACCACCAUACCCUACAGGAGCGGCGACAUCCUCGUCGAACAACCCACGCCCGGCCGCACCAACUCCCUCACUGCCGUCACGCUGAAUACACCCUUCACGUUCCGGGCGCUCGCGGUCGUCACCAACCCCUCGGGCGACGUAUGCCUGCUCUUCUCUCUCGGCAGUGGAAUGAACGGACACGAGAGUGUUCUCCACGGCGGGAUGGUGACCACGAUGCUGGAUAUCUCCACGGCCGCCGCCAUGAAUACGAUGGCGUUCACGGCGUAUCUGAACGUCACGUUCAAGAAGCCUGUGCCGACGCCGACUGUGGUGCUGUGUAGAGGUAAGGUGGUCAAGAGGGAAGGGAGGAAGAUUUUUGUCACUGCGACGGUGGAGGAUGGGGUGGGUGGGGUGUAUGCUGAAGGGAACGCUCUGUUCAUUAAGGUUCGGGAACCGGCAAAGUUGUAGCGUGGCAGGAGGAUAAUAGAGACAGUUCUGAAGAGGGUGUAACUGGACAGCGAGCAUAUAGCUGUAGAUGUUCGUUAUGGAGGGUUCGAUUAUGUAGAGGAUGGGUUGAUUAUUUAUACACGCACACCCGACACCUACC